CUUGUUACGUUCCCCGUGCACUGCAGGAGUGUUGUUUAUUGUUUGAUUACACUUUGAUUGGUUUCCUGUGAAUUGCCCCUCCUCUAGGUCGCUGUGACUGGCGGAUCGGUCGUCAGUGGGGCGGAGGACGAGGGCCAAUCAGGAGACGGAGCCGCUGCUUAAGAGGGACGGCGGGCUCAUUCUCUGGAACCCCUCUCAGUAGUGCUGACGCUCAGGGCCGCCGAUUGUGGGCUGCUCUCCGGCACCCAGAUUGUUGUGCAUUUCAGACUGUUUUGGAUAAGUGUUUUCGUGUCAUCAGCGGCAUCAGCUGCAAAACCGCGCCGGGGGGAAGAACGGUAGGUUAGUAUAUCGCGAUAUACAUCCUGCCCGUAGUUGUCCUGUGUAUAGACACCCUAGGGUAGAGGUGAGCGCCACCCCCUGUAUUUUUGUUAUUAGAUAGGAGGUGUAGGCGCCGAGUGCGCGAAGACUCCGUUUUUCUUUCGACCUUUUUCUUUGGAUAGGGGUAGGUCGAGGUAGGGGUGUUUUGGUUAUACUUGGUUCUCUCAGUUGGCGCCGCCUACGUUCUUUCCCCAAUGUAUUCAGGUAGGGGUGCUUAUCCCCCUCUUUUCGACUGGGUCCGGGGAGAACAAUAAAACCCCAGUUUUUUUUUCUUUUACAACGUGCCUGCCUUGUCUCCUUUCAUUUACCUCUCCCCCGUGAUACAUCGACAAAUUUUAGUGUUACGGCUGUCCCUAGACCGCCAGUGAUCGUAACAUUAAAUGGGGGCUCGUCCGGGAUACUAAAAAUAUUCAUAUUUUCCCGGAAGGUUGAUUAUUGCGAGUGUGGUUGGUGGAUUGAUGGGAUGUUCAGGGUUUUGUUUUGAAGGGUUAGCGGAUGGCUGAUUUUGAUCUAGACGCUUUCGUGGGUUCACCCACCGUGGAAGUGCUGAAUAAAAGUAGAAAGGAGGACCUGGUGGAUAUUGCGGCACAUUAUAAAAUUGCUGUCUCGAAGCAGUGGCGCAAGUUGGAGAUUAGGUCUACGGUAGCUCGGGGUUUGGAGGAACUAGGUGUCCUGAAGCUGUCUUCAGAUGGCGGUGAAAUCCCUUCGGAGGCUGAUGGUCGCUCUGGUGAGGAGGAGCGCGGCGAAACUGCUGAGGUGGAGACCUCGGAGGCCAAGGUUGCUUUUUCGCCCUCCGAUCCUUUCUCUCCGGGCUCAGUUGGGUCGGAAGGAGGUGGCGCGCGUCUAAAGGUCCGCUUAGCGCGAAUGCAGGUAGAGGCACGCGAACGGGCAGAAAGCCGUCGGCUUGAGGCAGAUAUCAAGUUCCGACUUGAAAUCCGUCGACUUGAAAUCGAGGCGGAAACGCAGAUUAAGCUGCGGGCAUUGGAAAUAAGGGCAGCGGACAGAACACCGGUUCCGGGUACACAACCGUCGCAGUCUGCCGAUGCUGGCUCGGCGGGGACCACCUUUGAGGUCAGUAGGCACAUCUCUCUCGUACCACAGUUCCGAGAAACAGAAGUGGACUCGUACUUCAACGUAUUUGAGCGGAUUGCAUCUACACUUCAGUGGCCUAAAGAGGUCUGGUCGUUGUUGCUGCAGUGCAAGCUGACUGGUAAAGCUCAAGACGUUUGUGCUACGUUGUCCUUAGAGGAUAGCGUGAAUUAUGAAGCGGUGAAAGCUGCCAUAUUGCGCGCUUAUGAGCUGGUACCCGAGGCUUACAGACAACGGUUUAGGAGUCAUAAAAAAAAUCCCGGUCAGUCAUUUGUUGAGUUCGCGAGGGAGAAAAGCGUUUUGUUUGAUAAGUGGUGCACUUCCAGUAAGGUGAAUGAUCUUAAGGACAUGCGAGAAUUAAUUCUUUUAGAGGAAUUUAAGAAUUGCGUACCUGAGCGUGUGGUUGUUUACAUGAACGAACAGAAGGUGACGUCGGUAUCCCAGGCUUCUGUCCUUGCAGAUGAAUUUACAUUGACGCAUAAGAAUGUUUUUGUCCCUACACGUUCUGAGCGGGUUACGUCGUUUCAGGCAAGUUCAAGUAAUUCACCGUAUCCGAAAACGGCUGCGUUAAAGUCGAAAGAGGAUCGUGAAUGUUAUUAUUGUCACAAACCCGGUCAUUUAAUUGCAGAGUGUUUUGGGUUAAAACGAAAACAAUCGAAUUCUGUGCCUAAGAGUGCGGGGUUCGUUAAGCUAGUGGCUCCUGUUGAUACCGAUCGCAGUGAUCAACCUGAUUCCAGUUAUGCCCCUUUUCUGUUGGAGGGGGCAGUUUCUGUUACAGGAAAUUCGGCGGAGCAGAUACGUGUGAAAAUGCUCCGGGAUACUGGGGCCAUGCAAUCGUUUAUUUGUGCCGAUGUAUUGCCGUUCUCGGAGCAGACCUUUUGUGGUAGUCAUGUCCUAGUGCAGGGCAUAGAAAUGGGUCUGGUUCAAGUCCCGUUGCACCAGAUUCACCUCGAGUCGAAACUAUGUACGGGUCUUGUGAAGGUCGCGGUGCGGGAGAGUCUGCCGGUGAGCGGGGUGCAGCUCAUUCUUGGCAAUGAUUUAGCCGGCGGGAAAGUUAUGCCUUUACUCGAGGUAUUUAAUAACCCGGUGGUAUCGGAUCAGCCUGAUGAGCUGGCGAAGUCCUUUCCGGAAACUUUUCCGGUCUGUGUGGUCACGCGCGCUCAGUCCCGUAAGACGGAGGCUGAAGAUUUAGCUACGUCUUUUAUUUCACCUAUUUUUCUCAGCGACAUGUUACCUGAUGCGAGUGAUAAGGCUGUUGAAAAGGUGCCUGGAUCAGACACUUCGGGUGUAAAGCUGAGUGUGACUCGGGAGAGGGUUAUUGCUGCUCAGCAUGAGGAUAGGAGUCUGCAAAAGUGCAUUGCUGCUGCGGUCUCCGCGGAGAAAGCACGGGAGAGGAAAACUGCUUACUUUAUGGAGAAUGGUUUACUAAUGCGUAAGUGGUGCUCGGAUGUGGCUGAUGGGGCUGAAUGGACCAGUGUGUAUCAGAUAGUGAUUCCGUCCUGUUACAGACAGCAAGUUCUCUCUUUGGCUCAUGACCACGACCUAUCGGGACACUUGGGAAUUAAGAAAACUUACUACAGAGUUUUAAGACACUUCUUUUGGCCUCGGUUAAAGACUGAUGUUACCCGAUUUUGUCGUACCUGCCGCGUCUGCCAAAUCACUGGCAAACCGAACCAGGUCAUCCCGUGUGCCCCACUCGUUCCUAUUCCAGCGGUAGGAGAACCGUUCGAACACGUCAUUGUGGACUGCGUGGGGCCUUUGCCUAAAUCUAAGGCUGGUAAUCAGUUUCUGUUGACUAUAAUGUGUACUGCAACCAGAUUUCCUGAGGCAAUUCCUUUGAGAAAGAUAACAGCACCUGUUGUAACUAGAGCACUGGUGAAAUUCUUCUCUACGUUUGGAUUACCAAAAGUUGUGCAAUCAGAUCAAGGCACUAAUUUUCUUUCGAAAAUUUUUACUCAAGUGUUGUCCAGCUUAAAUAUAUCCCAUAGGAUCGCGAGCGCCUAUCACGCGGAAAGCCAAGGGGCGCUAGAACGUUUUCAUCAAACCUUGAAGUCAAUGCUCAGAAAGUACUGCAUGGAAACCAGUAAGGAGUGGGAUGAGGGUGUGCCCUUGCUCCUCUUCGCGAUCAGGGAGACAGUUCAAGAAAGUCUUGGAUUUAGUCCUGCUGAGUUGGUGUUUGGACACACUGUCAGAGGACCUUUGAAAAUGCUUAAAGAGGACUUGAUGUCUUCUGGGGCUAGUCCAUCACUGAAUGUGUUGGACUAUGUGAGCAAGUUCCGUGAACGGUUACAUAAAGCUUGCUCGGUGGCGAAGGAGUCACUUGAAGUUGCGCAAAGGAAAAUGAAACGUCUUUUUGACCGCAAAUCUGUACAGCGUUCCUUUAACGAGGGCGAUCAGGUGUUGGUGUUGCUGCCUAUGGUAGGGUCGGCGUUAUCAGCCCGGUUUUCUGGUCCGUACGAGGUGGUACGGAAACUUAGCAAUACAGAUUACGUAAUCGGGACACCCGAUAGAAAACGAAAGACUCGUGUCUGUCAUGUGAAUAUGUUGAAGACUUUUUAUUGCAGAGAGGGUAUCCAGUCCGAUGUUUCGCCGACAGAGGAAACCGUUGUUCACCUGUCCUCCCCCGCUCCUGCCUCCGUGGCAUGCGCUGCGGUGGAAAUCUCUAACCCGGAUGAUGAUGAUGAUGGAGUAAUUGUUCGCCACACUUACCAGCAAUGUGCUCGCCUCAAGAACUCUGAGGUCGCUGUGACUGGCGGAUCGGUCGUCAGUGGGGCGGAGGACGAGGGCCAAUCAGGAGACGGAGCCGCUGCUUAAGAGGGACGGCGGGCUCAUUCUCUGAAACCCCUCUCAGUAUUGCUGACGCUCAGGGCCGCCGAUUGUGGGCUGCUCUCCGGCACCCAGAUUGUUGUGCAUUUCAGACUGUUUUGGAUAAGUGUUUUCGUGUCAUCAGCGGCAUCAGCUGCAAAACCGCGCCGGGGGGAAGAACGGUAGGUUAGUAUAUCGCGAUAUACAUCCUGCCCGUAGUUGUCCUGUGUAUAGACACCCUAGGGUAGAGGUGAGCGCCACCCCCUGUAUUUUUGUUAUUAGAUAGGAGGUGUAGGCGCCGAGUGCGCGAAGACUCCGUUUUUCUUUCGACCUUUUUCUUUGGAUAGGGGUAGGUCGAGGUAGGGGUGUUUUGGUUAUACUUGGUUCUCUCAGUUGGCGCCGCCUACGUUCUUUCCCCAAUGUAUUCAGGUAGGGGUGCUUAUCCCCCUCUUUUCGACUGGGUCCGGGGAGAACAAUAAAACCCCAGUUUUUUUUUCUUUUACAACGUGCCUGCCUUGUCUCCUUUCAUUUACCUCUCCCCCGUGAUACAUCGACAAAUUUUAGUGUUACGGCUGUCCCUAGACCGCCAGUGAUCGUAACA